UAUGUUGCUGUCCAAGAAUAUACACACUUUCUCCAAUUAAACCUCAAAAUUUCAAGAAACCCUCCAAACCCGCAGAUGAAGAGAAUUCAAGAAUCUCAUGAUGAAAAAGCCAUCAACGUAUGGGAUUGCGGGAGCCCUUUAUAUGAUUCAUAUGAACUCGUUGCUGUCAGCCAUGUCGUCGAGAGGCAUCUCAUGGUACUCCCCUAUCUCAGUGGAUCAAGAAAUGCAGCGACCAAUGAGCUUUCCCACUCAGAUGAUCAGAAACCAGCACGGGACGGUGAGGCGACGACGGCCACCAGCAGUGCUGGAAAAUCUUCUGUUCUCAGUUUCUUGAGGUGGAAUAAGAGGAAGUUGGAUGGAGAGAGCAAAGUGCAGAAAGCAAAGAGGCAGAAGAAAACUGGGAUUUCUAGGAUUUUUCAGUGUAGGAUUAGUUCAUGGAAGAAAUUGUAGUUUCCUUGAGAGGAAAUGUGGUUGGUUGGUUGGUUUUAAGGUCCAUGAGAACAAGAUUGUUUGAUUCUUGUUUAGGUUUUUUGUGUCUGGUUUUAAUGAAUCAUAUA